GAGAGUUAAAUCAAAUAUCAAACCCUUCAUUGUGCAAUAAUGAUCAUUAUUUACUUAUUUUUAAUGAAAACAUUAAUUGUCGUUUGGUUCCGAUCCGUUCCCUCACGACGCUUGUAUCGAUCUGUGACGCGUCGACUAUUUUUAGCCGCUAGCAAAAUGGCAGGCAUGGAUGUAAACAUGUGCGCCGAGAUGUUGUGGAUUGAUACUAUGCGUGUGGAUGUCGAACUAUGCAGGAGAUAUGUGAAUGUGGCUCUAAAUAAACCAACAGACCAGCAGUUCCCAUAUAAACCAGGAGACGACACCUAUGACUCAAGCAAUGCUGUAGACGGACUGAAGGCAGAUCUGACCUUGAAUGGAGGACAGUGUGUAUAUUCAGAACCCAAUAGAACUGCCACCUGGUGGGUGAACCUGACGAGCAUCCACAGCAUCCACCACAUUACCAUCUACUUUAUGACAGGCACUUAUCCAUGGGGACCCUCUAAUCCAUACACGUCGUCUUUUCUGGGAUUCUCGUUGUAUGUGUCAAAUACUACGGAUAUGUCACAAGGAAUAUUAUGUUUCAAAGACAGAAAAUUUUCUACACGUACAAUCCCUGCUGUGUUUACCACAAACUGUUCCAUGCCUGGUCAAUACGUUAUAUACUACAACGAGAGACUGAUGAAUGUUUCAUAUCCUAAGAAGUAUUCUCCAUUUGUCCAGAGCAACCUAUGCGAGGUUGAAGUAUAUGAAUGUAGCCCAGGGAAUUAUGGAAUUAACUGUCUACAGAAAUGUGGUGAAUGCCGAGGGAAGUCUCCGUGUAACAAGAUAAACGGAUCCUGUCCGGAUGGUUGUUCUGCAGGAUACAUCGGUUCACUCUGUUCUGAACAAUGUAGCCCAGGGAAUUAUGGAAUUAACUGUCUACAGAAAUGUGGUGAAUGCCGAGGGAAGUCUCCGUGUAACAAGAUAAACGGAUCCUGUCCGGAUGGUUGUUCUGCAGGAUACAUCGGUUCACUCUGUUCUGAACAUUGUAAAGAAACGUUCUAUGGUAAAAACUGUGCACUAAAAUGUAGCAAAAACUGCACUCACCAGAGAUGCCAUCAUGUGACCGGGGUUUGUAAUCCUGAUGAACAGAGCAACUACAUGAAUAACAGAACUGAAUGGAUUGUUUUCGUCGUUUUUUUUUAUUGUUGUCGUCGUUUGUUGGAUGAUAGCUAUUGCCAUAGUUGCUAUCGCCUUCUUUAAGAGUUGGAAACGUAAAACAAAGAAACCGACAGAAGGCAGUGACGGGAACGACGAAACGGACGGAAGAGUAAAACAAGGAGGAGAGAUGACAAUGAGCAAGAAGAUGACACGGCUUUGUGUCAGGUGGAGUUAUACUCAAUGACCCAAGGAGAAGAGGAGAAAUUAGAACAAUGGGGCGACCGUGUCAUGGAGAUUGCACAGCGGGCUCGAGGCUCAAAAGUCCCAGGAGAGGUGCUUCAGGAGCAGGCAGUUUUGCUCUUUUCAAUGAGUUGUCAGGGCACGAGAGCGAGUACAAUGUUGAUUGAAAGCCCCCCUCCCCAUCCUCUGUAUGAGGCCGUGUACUAUGUGAAGAUUUAGCUUAGCCAUCAAGCCCUUAACCCGUGUCGAAGGGAAGUGCGUAUUGUUUCAGUGGACAGUCAGUAACGAGGACUGGGUUGUAACUCUUGCAGAAAGGUUACUCCACCUAACCGUGGGAUAUAUACAUCUGGAAAAGGCAAGCAUUAUCUGUGGUACGGUCAUUGCCUUAACUGCAAGCAGCAGGGACAUUUUAGAAGGGAAUGGCAUGAGUCCUCAGCUCGUCUAGAUUUGCAGGUUCCAGGCCAGAAGUCCGAUUUUGUGGAAGCGGAUGUUAGGGGACCACUACACCUGCAGGGAUUGUAUGGGACAUCCAUGAGCAGGUACCUCUUGAUCGAUGUGAGAGGACGGCGUGACCUAUGCCAUGGACCUAGCCUAUUGCGUUCUCUGUUUUCUGGAAAAGAUGAUGGAUGUUGCGUUUGAUCAUUGCGAUGACUCUGAAUAAACUCUCCAUUGUGAUGUGAUUGAUUGCAUGACUGUUAACGUAUUUGUGUAAAGGUUUAUUUAUAUGUCCCAUUGUCCGUCUAUGAAUCAAGUGUUUAACAUUUUGUAGACUUAAAUGAAGUCAACAAAUUUAUUAUGUAGUAAUCAUGUGUGACAUCGAAUUCCUACAGUAACUCUAUACUUACGAACAAAUUGACAAACAUGUAGCGCCGACUAAGGCCCAUCAAUUUUCUGCACCGUUUUGUAAAUAUCAUGCAUCAAAAAAUAUUAUCAAAUGCUUUAACUUGUAAAACAAAUUGAUAUAAUCAAUGCAUUGUUACGUUAAUUUUCGUUUCUCAAAAUCCCUCUGAAAUCUAUACUCAAAUCUGAUUGGCUAAGGAUAGGAUAGGAUAUGAUGAAAUUGAAUUUCAAUCAUGUACCGUGCAUCCUAUCCUAUCCUUGUCAACUUUCAUGAUGGCAACAAUCUCUUUGAGAAUGACGAUAACGAUAUCAAUGAAAAGAUAAAC